AUGACGCAGCACUACAAGGGCGUAUCUGGGCAUUGUUGGUGUUGCACUGUCUUGAAAUGGCAGGGGAAUAUCGACCGAUACGUCAACCAUGCGCAUGAUCUUGGUUUUUCGGAAGAGGCUAUUGGAAAAUCGUUGAAUAAGAUGGCUGCUAAGAUGAAGACGUCUGGUCGAUGGUCAGAAGCAGCAAAGGCGUUGAGAAUUGCGGGAGCUCCACCGGUAGCGUUGAUUGAAGCGCAUACGAAGGCGGGUGAAUGGAUGAAUGCCGUUGAGGUCGCAGAGCAUUCCAAAGAUAUGUCCUCGGUCAAGAGUCUUGUCGUCGAUCGUGCUCAAACUAUACUUAAAGAAUUUGCGGCCAGAUCGGAACAGUUCCAUAGUCACGCAAAAAGGCUUGAAGUUGUCCGUGGCAUCAAAAAAGAGCGCAUCAAUAAUGUGAGGGACGGUAUCGAGACUGGUGGAGAUCUGGAGGUAACUCAUGAGAAUGAAGAUCGCAUUGUCUGGUACUGUGAAAGUUUAGGCGGCAGAUUUGUUUUCGGAAGCAGGAAGCACGUACAGCAUAGCUAG